CGCGCAUUCUCUGCAGCCGCACUGGAGAGCUGCGGUUGAGGUGACGAUUUAUUCUCUCACGCCUCAUUAAGCAGGAUUCGCCUGUGCAUGCCAGUGCGGUUUACACACAGACCGUGAGCGCGUCUGCAUGCGCUAAUGUGAGGAAACACUCCACGAGAAAAAAAAAAUCCCGUGUGGGUGGGAGGACAGAAGGAAGGAGGAAGAGAGGGAAGCUGGAUCGGUUCACAGGAGCUCCAUGGCAAACGCGCGUAAUGGCCAUUGCAUAGGAAUCUAUCCAUCGUGACGGCUGCAGGGUGUGAAACUAAAGUAGGAGUGCGAGAGGAGUGUGAGAGCAGAAAGAAGAGGGAUCUACAAUGGCAGCAGAAGAGAAACCUGCAGUGAAGAGCAGUAGCUCCAUUCUACCAUGUUUCCUAUUUGUAGAGCUGGUGAUCAUGGCAGGAACCGUUCUCCUGGCGUACUACUUCGAGUACACGGACACCUUUCCCGUACACAUCCAGGGAUUCUUCUGCUUCGAUAAGACGUUCUCCAAACCGUACCCUGGACCGGAUGAGAGCAGUAACGUGCCGCCGGUGCUCGUCUACUCUCUGAUUGCUGCGAUUCCUACUCUGAUCAUCCUGGCUGGCGAGGUGAUGGCGUUUUUCAUGAGGUCAGAGGGCACGCAGGAGAAGACCAUAGUCACUGCUGACUGCUGCUACUUCAACCCCCUGCUGAGACGCAUCAUACGCUUCCUAGGUGUCUAUACUUUCGGCGUGUUCACCACCACCAUCUUCGCCAAUGCUGGACAGGUGGUGACAGGAACCCAGACGCCUCACUUCCUGUCAGCGUGCAGACCGAACUACACAGCGCUGGGAUGCCAUUCCAACUUACAGUACGUCACUGAGCGCAAAGCCUGCACAGGGAACCCUCUCAUAGUCGCAUCUGCACGCAAAUCCUUUCCCUCCAAAGAUGCGGCCCUCAGUGUUUACUCUGCAGUGUAUACCGUGAUGUACGUGACGCUGGUGUUCAGGACUAAAGGGACGCGUCUGACCAAACCCACGCUCAGUCUGACUCUGCUGUGUCUGGCCAUGUUGGUGGGCGUGGUCAGAGUGGCUGAAUACCGCAACCACUGGGCCGACGUCCUCGCUGGAAACUUCACCGGUGGAGCCAUCGCUGUCUUUCUGGUAACAUGCGUGAUCAACAACUUCCAGCAGGCAAAGCCCCCACCCCCACCAGUGCGACCCCAGCGUCCUGAGUCAGUGCUGGGCAUGCCCAUGGUGGCGCUGCCCUGCGUAGAGAGUCCACUUGAAAAACUCCAAGGGGAUCUUCAUUCACUGAGAUCACAUGACCAUCAGCCUCAUCGGUUCCCCGUCCCCCCCGAUGUCCUCAUACCGUCUCGCUCCAUUUCCAGCGAAGUCUAGACCAGCCGUCCCAGCACGCGCGCCACUGCGCCGCCCACUCCGCGGGACACUCCUCCACUCUACACCGCUCCUACUCCACGCAGGUCUAGAUUUACUCACCUCCAACCCCUCAUCCUCCAUCAUCCUCCAUGUUGCCGAUAGGGCCUCCACCAACCGCUCAAACAAACAACGAGAAGCACUUUUAGAGAGCCUGCUCGAAGAUCUCGAACGCCAGAAACCGCAGGUAGGCGUCUCACUCUUGCCCGAGGGUUUGUUUGGACUGUGGGUGGAGGAUUCGAACGGAUUUUUUGGGUGGAAGACCUCAAACCUCAACCUGACCUAUUUCCUCGGGAACCGAUGAAGAAGUCUCGAUCAGCUUUCGGCUGCAAUGCAGAACUCGAUUUUUACUGCAGAUAUUUCAAGUCAUAUGUAAAUACAUGCACAGUUUUUUUUUUCUUCUUUUGGUUAAAGGCAUGUCUAUUUUUUUCUAUUUUGUUCAUAGUACUGAUUAAGUUUUUAUAUUCAUCACAUGGAGUACCUAUUGGUUGUCUUUGAGUCAUGUUCACUAUGCACUUGGGAUAGUUGGGAAGUGCACAUCAAGAAUUCCCUUUAGGAAAAGACCUCUAAACUUGGACACGUUCUUGAUACCAGCUCUUAUAAUAACAUUUGGAUGCAUCGUAAAGAAUUGCGUUAUUCAAUGACAUACACACAAAAACUCGACCACAGCAUUUUUUUUUUCAUAUUUAAUGUCCAGUUUGUCCUCGCAAGGAUUUCUCCACCAGCUAGACGUAAUGCACAGUCCGACAUGAGCCGUCAUUUUCAUUACUGUCGCCCCAGCCCAGACACAACAACACAAUGCUUUCAGACACUAGACAUUCUUACAGUUUGCCAUCAAAGGCGGAUUGGAUUCUUCGUUUCUGAGGAGAGAAAAGCAAGAACUGCAUCUGCAACAGAACAAUAAAGAGAGACAACAUCUUUAUUGUUGUGAAGGUUUUCAAAAAUGCAGUAACCCAAGGUCGGCUAGUUUCUUUCUUGUAUAGUGAAUGACCUUUUCACCAUGUGUUACUAACAGGGUUGUGCACCAUACAGAAUUGAAUUGAAAAUUCAUUUACAUUAAUUUACAAUUCGGUUCCCGAAUUUGAAUUGAACUUGAAUUGAGGUAGCAGACAGAUGCAGAAUUGCAGUUCAAAUCUGAAUAUAAGGAAGAGAUUGAAAUUCAAAGAAAUUCAAGUGACUACAGUAAUUUAUAACUAGAAUAGCGAUAGAUAGAUAGAUAGAUAGAUAGAUAGAUAGAUAGAUAGAUAGAUAGAUAGAUAGAUAGAUUGAUUGAUUGAUUGAUUGAUUGAUUGAUUGAUUGAUUCACGUUUGUAAAUUGAAAGGGAACCCAUUCUGAAUUUUGCACAACCCUCAUUAGCAAGUGUGUAAACAUGUGGCUGUCAUUUUAUAUUGAUGAUGUUAUGAAAACCUCAUCGGACCUUGCAGUGAAAUCAUUCAUGCUCUUUGCAAACAGCACUGGAUGCCUUGUAGUACUGUGAGAUUUUAAUGUUUAAAGUUAUUUGAGUUAUUAACAUUAACCAAUAGCCUGCACUGCCUAGGUGAGGAGAGCUCAAUAGGAAAGUAAUUUCGGUAGUGGAGCUAAAUUGAACAUUUUGAUGAAAAUCUAUUAUGCCCUGUUACAAAGUCUGUUACAAACCCUGCAACUAGAAUCUUCAUGAAUUAUUUUUCCCUUAUUUCGACAUUAUUGCAGCUCCUCUCUUCCCAGUCUGUCAGUAACGCUCUGUUUAGUUCCUGUCUCUUGGAAGCCCCGCCUUCUGAAAGCUCAGUGUGCUCUGAUUGGUCGGCUGGAUUAGCGUGUUGAGAUUGAACAGUUUCGAGUGUGUUUCAGAAAUGGGUUUGAACACACUACUAAUGAAAGAUAUUUUGACGUGUUUGUUCCUGAAAGAAACUGAUCAUGACUGCAAUCGAGGCGUUUCAGGGAGUUCAGAGCAUAAAAAAAGCAUAAUAGGUCCUCUUUAAGACAAACAUUAUUUUCUUUUGGAAGAACAUCCAUAAAUGAAUCAUUCUAGACCUGGAAAAUUUACUGACAAAGUAAAUAAAAAAAAUGGUUUGGUGUUUCAGGCAGCUAAAAUAAAGUGAUGCUCACAUCACAUCAUUCAUGUGCACAGGUUUGAGGUUUGACUAUAACUGAUUUUGAGUUUUCGUUUUUCUAAACUGGGGAUGCUUAUGAGCGUGUCAAUCGGAUGUAUGUGUUGUACCAUAGGCCACGUUUUGUGCACCACAUCAUUUUAUUGAGCUCUGUUAAAUUGAUUUGUGUCUAUUUUUCACGUUUCGCUUGAAUCCCAUUUUUUUAUACAUUGCAUUUACUUAGACUAAUUGUUUGGUAAUGUAAGUAAGCUGUGUAUACAAACUGUGUGUACUUUAAUCAGAUGAGUGUAAACUCUCCACCUAGUUGCACUCCAAACGGAUGAAAAUUAAUGUUUGUAACAUUAACUGUGAAAUCUAAUCUGUCUGAUGCCCCUUCAGCCUUUACAUCCCGGCACCAGGUCCAGCCUCUGCCACAUUCUGUGCUACGUACAGUUACUGUCUCUGUUGUAAGAGCACCACGCUUCACAUGCUAAGAUACACAUUUACACCCUUAAACAUUCCUUAAAGGUGAAGUGUGCAAUUUUUUUUGAUUGUGCAAACAUGUUUCCCAAACGUCUGCUAUUGGUCAGACAAAAAGAAAGCCACACCCCCAAACUCACGCAAUUGGUUGAGCCAAUUGGAUUCUCAAAGAAACUGAUCUACAAUCUUUACACUAUUUUGGGGGGAGGAAUCAAGCUAUUAUUUAUUAAUUUAUAGUUUGCAUAUGCCAGAAAUAAUUUAACAUGUAAAAAAUUACUCACUUCACCUUUAGAAAUCUUUUACCUUUAACUCUCAGCUCUCUUAUUUCUUCUUUCAUACACCCAAUAAUAAUAAUAAAAAAGAUAUUUGUACAGUUUUGCAAACAAGUCUUUUUGUAUUAAAAAAAUGUGCACCGGAUUAAUUUAUUUCCUUUGGUGAUCUUUAUUUAUAUACACCCAACAAGUCAUUGAUCUGUGUUUUUGGGUAAUUGAAUAAAGUAAAAGCGUGACCUGC